ACCCUCCCGCUCAUGGCAAGAUCCACCUUAGUCAACCCGCAGGCCGAGGGGCAGUCCUGCUAAUACAUGGCAGAUGACAACCUCCUCGACGGAGGGCAACGCUCUGACGAGCAGCACGAAGACGAGCAGCGGGCAGCAGAGCCUCCGCGCGGACUGCUGCUCAUCGGGGUGUACAGCGUUCUCUUCCUGCGCUAUGUCAUCGCCACCUUCCUUUCCGCCUUUUUCACGCCCGUCGCGACGGCGUGGGGCAUCAGCGGCAGCUUCAACGGGCUCAUCUUCGCGGCGUACCCGGCGGGAAUGUCGCUGACGUCGCUGUUUGCGCCGCAAAUCGUCCAGCGGCUCGGCACGCGCACGGCCAUCUCACUCGGGCUGCAGCUGACGUCGGUGCUGACGCUGGCGUUCGGACUCACUCCCGACGCGGUGGACGCGUGGGGCGGCGAGACGGCGCAGUACAAGUGGGGCUUCCUGGGCUUCUACUGGCUUAGCGGGCUGCUCGGCUCGGUCGCGGAGAACGCCGCCAUCAUCCUCGCCACGCAGCAGUUUCCAGACCGGCUCGGCACGGUGAUGGCCUCCAUCGGCACCAUCUCCGGCGUGGGGUGCAUGGUAGGGCCGGUGGUGGGCGGCGUGCUCUACGACCUGCCCGCGGACGGGAGCAUGGGCAUGCGCUUCCGCUUCCCCUUCUUCGUCUGCGCCCUCGCCUCGCUCGCGCUCGUCUUGCCGCUCCGCGCUAUCAUGCCCGCCGGCGGCAUCAGCAGCGACGGCGCUGGUGGGGAGGGAAGGGCCGAGGACACGCCGGGGGCGGGCGGGCGGGAGGACGCGCCGGACGAGCCCGUCUCGCCGGCGACGGCCAAGGCGGGCGCUGCUGAGCUCGGCCUCGAG